AUGCCGCUAACUGUUCUUGACCUGCAGCAUCAGCAGCGCCACCAGGCUAGGAAUUUGCAAUGCUACGGGUGCUACCAGAACUUCAAGUCUUUCUCAGGCAUGUUGAUCCAUCUCGAGUCAGGCAGCUGUCCCUCUGGAACAGACAUUGAUGACAUCAACCGCCUGGCGCGUGAGUGCUAUCAGAGUCGCGAGUACAUUGAUCGAGACGGGGAUUACAUUUGUCCUGGCUGUGAUAAAUUCUGCUCGAAGCUCUCUGGAUUAUUCCAGCACGUCGAGGAUUCUCUGGGCUGUUCAUACCUUACAGAGGAUGGCCAGUGUCUGGCAGAGUUGGAGUACUAUAUCUCUUGGAAUGUGCAACGCUAG